AUGUCUCGCCGCUACGAUUCCCGAACCACUAUCUUCUCACCUGAGGGUCGCUUGUAUCAGGUCGAAUAUGCGCUCGAAGCUAUAUCCCACGCCGGAACUGCGAUCGGAAUUCUCGCCAAAGAUGGCAUCGUCUUAGCCGCAGAGCGCAAGGUUACGUCGAAGCUAUUAGAGCAAGAUACCUCAGCAGAGAAGCUCUACAUUUUGAACGACAACAUGAUUUGUGCUGUUGCGGGCAUGACAGCUGAUGCAAACAUCCUCAUCAACUAUGCCCGACAAGCCGCUCAACGACUAUGCGAUCUUAAGCAAGGAUAUACUCAACACGGUGGAUUACGACCGUUUGGCGUAUCAUUCAUCUACGCGGGGUGGGACCCUCAGCGACAAUUCCAACUUUACCUGAGCAACCCAUCAGGCAACUACGGCGGCUGGAAGGCUACAAGUGCUGGUGCCAAUAAUGCAAGCGCCUCGAGCUUGUUGAAGCAAGACUAUAAGGAGGAUUGCACAUUGAAGGAGGCAUGCGGUAUGGCAGUCAAGGUGCUAAGCAAGACUAUGGACUCAACCAAGCUAAGCAGUGAAAAGAUCGAGUUCGCAACGGUGGGACAGACCAAGGACGGUAAGAUCUACCACCGACUUUGGAGUGCGGACGAGAUUACCGCACUCUUAAAGGAGCACGACCUAGCAAAGGAUGAGAGCGCGGAAGAUAAAUGA